AAAGGGAAGGGGCGGGCCCGCGCCCAGGAAGGAGGGCUUCCGCCCGGGGGAGCGCGGGGCCGCUGGGUGACCCGGCUCCUGCUUGCCCCGCAGCCCCGGCCCCCUGCCCACCAUGAACGCCAGCGGUUCUGGCUACCCGCUUGCCUCGCUUUACGUGGGCGAUCUGCACCCCGACGUGACCGAGGCCAUGCUCUAUGAGAAGUUCUCUCCCGCCGGCCCCAUCCUGUCCAUCCGCGUGUGCCGCGAUGUAGCCACCCGGCGCUCGCUGGGCUACGCCUACAUCAACUUCCAGCAGCCUGCGGACGCGGAGCGGGCACUGGACACAAUGAACUUUGAGAUGCUCAAAGGCCAGCCUAUUCGCAUCAUGUGGUCCCAGCGAGACCCAGGACUUCGCAAGUCAGGUGUGGGCAACAUCUUCAUCAAGAACCUGGAGGACUCCAUUGACAACAAGGCUUUAUAUGAUACCUUCUCCACCUUUGGGAACAUCCUCUCUUGCAAGGUGGCGUGUGACGAGCAUGGCUCCCGGGGUUUCGGCUUUGUCCAUUUUGAGACCCAUGAGGCCGCACAGCAGGCCAUCAACACCAUGAAUGGGAUGCUGCUGAAUGACCGCAAAGUCUUUGUGGGCCACUUCAAGUCUCGACGGGAGCGGGAGGCAGAGCUGGGGGCGCGGGCCCUGGAGUUCACCAACAUCUACGUGAAGAACCUCCCGGUGGAUGUGGACGAGCAAGGCCUGCAGGAGCUCUUCUCCCAGUUUGGGAAAAUGCUGAGUGUGAAGGUGAUGAGGGACAACAGCGGCCACUCGCGGUGCUUUGGCUUUGUCAACUUUGAGAAGCAUGAGGAAGCCCAGAAGGCCGUGGUCCAUAUGAACGGGAAGGAGGUGAGCGGGCGGCUGCUGUACGCGGGCCGGGCCCAAAAGCGCGUGGAGCGGCAGAAUGAACUGAAGCGCAGGUUUGAGCAGAUGAAGCAGGACCGGCUGAGGCGUUACCAGGGUGUGAACUUGUAUGUGAAGAACCUGGACGACUCCAUUGAUGACGACAAACUGAGGAAAGAGUUCUCUCCCUAUGGAGUAAUUACCAGUGCGAAGAAGAGGCGACAAAGGCCGUGACAGAGAUGAACGGGCGCAUCGUGGGCACCAAGCCACUCUACGUGGCACUGGCCCAGCGCAAAGAGGAGCGGAAGGCCAUCUUGACCAACCAGUACAUGCAGCGCCUCUCCACCAUGCGGACCCUGAGCAACCCCCUCCUGGGCUCCUUUCAGCAGCCCUCCAGCUACUUCCUGCCUGCCAUGCCCCAGGUGACCGCCUGCCCGCAACUCCCACCACAGCCUUCCCCCCUGCCCCAGCAAGGCAGAGCAUGAAGACUAGAGUUCUAGGGAAAUGGAGGUUUCUAACUUGCUUCUGCCGAGGACUCAUUAGGAAGUCUUUGUUUCCCUUUCUAUAAAAGGGAGAGAUAGUGUUAGUCAAAUGGCAUUUCCCAGUGAGAGAAGCUCGUGAAUUUUGUGCUGAAAAAGACUCUUAAUGAUCCAGCAAGUUUGGGAAAUGCUGUGUUAAGCAAGACCUACAUUUUUCCUUCCUUCCUUCCUCCCUUCCUUCCCUUCCUUCCCUUCCUUCCCUUCCUUCCUUCCCUUCCUUCCCUUCCUUCCCUUCCUUCCCUUCCUUCCCUUCCUUCCCUUCCUUCCCUUCCUUCCCUUCCUUCCCUUCCUUCCCUUCCCUCCCUUCCCUCCCUUCCCUCCCUUCCCUCCCUUCCUUCCCUUCCCUCCCUUCCCUCCCUUCCCUCCCUUCCCUCCCUUCCCUCCCUUCCCUCCCUUCCCACCCUUCCCUCCCUUCCCUCCCUUCCCUCCCUUCCCUCCCCUUCCCUUCCUUCCCUUCCUUCCCUUCCUUCCCUUCCUUCCCUUCGUUCCUUCCUUCCUUCCUUCUUUCGUGGGGUCUCCAUGUCACCCAGGCUGGUGAGCAAUGGCGUGAUCAUGGCUCCUUCCUUCUUUCCUCCCUUCUUCCCUCCCUUCCUCCCUUCCUCCCUUCCUUCACGGGGUCUCCAUGUCACCCAGGCUGGUGAACAAUGGCAUGAUCAUGGCUCCUUCCUUCCUUCCUCCCUUCUUCCCUCCCUUCCUCCCUUCCUUCACGGGGUCUCCAUGUCACCCAGGCUGGAGAGCAAUGGCAUGAUCAUGGCUCACUGCAGCCUUGAAUUCCUG